ACCACACCCCUCCUUCAUUUUUCUCUCAAUUUUCAAGGCUUUGGCUAUGGGGAUUCAGGUAGUGAAGAACAAAGCCAUGGAGAUUGCCAUGAAAAUCAAGAAACUUGGACAGGAUGACCCAAGAAGAAUUAUUCACUCCAUUAAAGUUGGAGUGGCUCUAACUUUGGUCUCAUUGUUUUACUAUUGGAACCCUCUCUAUGAUGGCUUCGGUGCCUCUGGGAUUUGGGCUGUUAUGACCGUUGUGGUCAUCUUUGAAUUCACCGUAGGGGCAACGCUUAGUAAAGGCUUGAAUAGAGGUUUAGGUACACUGCUUGCUGGCUCUUUAGGAGUGGGAGUUAACUACUUGGCCAAUCUCUCUGGACAGAAAGGAGAACCCUUUGUUUUGGGCAUCUUUGUUUUUCUUAUAGCUGCAUCAGCCACAUUUUCAAGGUUCUUCCCGGGAAUCAAAGCGAGAUAUGAUUAUGGAGUGUUGAUAUUCAUAUUGACUUUCAGUUUGGUUUCGAUUUCGGGGUAUCGGAUCGAUGAAUUCUUGACAUUGGCUCAUCAGAGACUGUCCACCAUUCUUGUUGGUGGAGCAAUCUGCAUUAUGAUCUCCAUUUUGGUUUGCCCUGUUUGGGCUGGUGAAACUCUUCACAAUUCGGUUACUUCUAAUAUAAACAAGCUAGCGGAUUACCUAGAAGGGUUUGGUGGGGAAUAUUUUUACUGUUGUGAAGAUGGAGAACAUGGUGUUGCUACUGAAAAAGGUAAAUCCUUUGUUGAAGGAUACAAAGCUGUGCUUAAUUCUAAAAGCAUGGAAGAUUCCAUGGCUAACUUUGCAAGAUGGGAACCAAAACAUGGAAAGUUUAGGUUUCGUCAUCCAUGGAAACACUACUUGAAAAUUGGAUCCCUCACUCGACAGUGUGCCUACCAGAUUGAAGCUCUCAAUCGCCACCUUUGCCCUCAAAUCCAAACACAGGACCCAUCUCAAUUGCGAAGAAUGAUCGAAGUUCCAUGCAAGACAUUAAGUUCAGAAUCAGGAAAGGCCCUAAAAGCCUUAGCCACAGGAAUGAAGGCGAUGACAAAUCCAUCACCCUCAUCCCAAGUGCAUCUAAACGCCGCCAAAUCCGCCAUGAACGAUCUAAAAGACACCCUAAAAUUAGGCACAGCACAAACCACAAACCUUCUAGAAAUAAUUCCAGACGCGACAGUGGCUUCCAUAUUGAUCGAGAUAGUUAAAUCAGUAGAAGACUUGUCGGAGGCAGUGGUCGAACUCUCUCUAAAAGCCCACUUCAAGAGCAUUGAAGCAACGGUUUCACCAGAGAAGCCUCAGUUGCUUCACAAAGGAACCAUAAACCCAUUUGUUGAAGCUGAAGAUGAACAACCCCAUGUUGUUAUUUCAGUGAGAGGAACAGAGGAUGGGGAUUUAACUGAAAAGAAGGGCUCUUCCGGCACCACUUCGUUGCCAACAUGAACACGGAUCUGUAAAUAAAAAACUAAAAAAAGAGUUUUUUUUUUCCUUUUUGCUCAUGGGGUUUUGGUUUUUGAUCCCUUCUUUCGUUCUUAAUCUUGUUUUGUUAAGAUUGAACAUUUGUUGGUAGGGGAAAAGAAAAAAAAAAAA